CGCCUUUUUCGAAGACAAAAAAAAGGUAAACAAACUCCAAGAAUUGUGCCAAAUGUUAGCAUUUUUGUAUAUUAUCAAGAAGACAAGAUGACUUUUGAAUUUUUUAUUCCGAUGAACCAUGAUGGUUUGUUGACAAAAACUAAUGUCAAUCAGUAUGUUGUAGAAGAAGUUCUUCCACUGCGUCUUAUACCAGGAGCUGUACAAGAUUUUAAAUUUGCUGUCAGAAGUGAUCACUUUGCUAUUUUAGCACAUUUUGAUACAGCAUUCAGCGUUCUUUGUUUACAGAGGGAUGUAGACAGUUCAAUAAAAGAUGAAGUAUGGGAUUUACUUAUUAGAGUUGGUCAGAGUGUUACUAAUCAGGUAUCUAAUGCUCUAGAAGAUCCAGAUCUUACGCAUGAUGACAGAUUACAGAAUUUAAACGCUCUUAAAAUGACCUGUUAUAUGAUUUGUCAGUUUAUUGACAUGUUUGAAGCUGAAGAUACUAAACCAGUAAUACAACUUAAUGUAGGAAAGGGUCGAGGGAAACAAAGAAAGGCAACUAUUAGUAAAUCUGGAAGAGAUUGGGAGAUGGAGAAACGUAGAGGAAUACAAACAUUAUUAAAUCUUUUACAACGUAAUCUUAACAGACUGUGGGAUCCACCUGUAGCGGAGGAAGAAUUUAUAAACCUUGUUAGUAACUGUUGUUACCGUUUGUUAGAGAAUCCUGGUAUUGCUAAAACUAAAGAAACUAGAGAUGUUAUAUCUAAUCUACUUGGUGUUCUUGUUAAGAAAUAUAAUCAUGGUCUAGGUGCCAGUUUAAAGAUAAUGCAGUUAUUACAACAUUUUGAACAUUUAGUGGUACCAUUAGUUCAGACAUUAGAGAUAUUUGUGAAUCAGUAUCAAGAUAAAACAAUUGUUAGUGAAAUGAUGAGAGAAAUUGGUAGAAUGGAUACUAGAGAUGUUGUUAAAGAUUCUAGUGGAACCCGAGUUUUAGCUCAAUUUUUAGUUGAAUUAGCUCAACAGUUACCAGCUGUUAUGCUCCCUAGUAUCAGUGUACUUGUUUGUCAUUUAGACGGAGAGUCUUAUACAUUACGAAAUGGAGUACUUGGAGUGAUGGGUGAGAUGUUAAUUAAAGUUUUAAGUCAAGAAGAUUUAGAAGAUAAAUUAAAACCAACUAGGGAAAGUUUCUUGGAUAAGUUAGAGGACCAUAUUCAUGAUGUCAAUGCUUUUGUGAGAAGUCGAGUUUUGCAGAUCUGGUUAAAUAUUGUCAAUGAAAAGUGUUUACCAUUACCAAGACAAGAGAACUUAGUUAAUCUAAUACUGGGUCGAUUACAAGAUAAAUCUUCAUCAGUUAGAAAAUAUGCUAUACAACUUAUGAUAGCUUUAAUGAAAAACAAUCCAUUUGCUUCUAAGUUACCUGUGGAAGAAUUACAAGCUAGUUAUGAGAAAGAAAAAGAAAAACUGAAAGAUAUGACACCUGAAGAACCUGAUAUUAACACUAUAAUGAUAGAAUUAGAAGCCUGUUGGACAGCUGUAGAGAAAAAAAUACGAGCAGAAUUAAAAGACAAAGAAAAUGACGAUGAAUCAGAUGAAACAAAUGCAGAAGAUGAAAUAAGUCUUGAUCAAAUGUUAGAGAAUAUUUAUAAAGAACUUGUAGAAGAGAGAUAUUCAUCAUGUUAUGAUAUGAUCAAAACAGCUAAUACAAAAUGGCCAGACGAAGUUGUUUUCCAAUACCUUGGUGAGAGUGAAGAAACAGAGAAAGAUGGUGAAGAAGGUGAAGAAGACGAAAAAAUGAAUGAAGAGAAAGAUGAAAAUAAAACUGUGUUAGAUGGUAUCAUUAAUUGUCUUAAAGAUAUUUAUUUGGUACAGAAGAGAGCUGCUGUAUCAACAUCUGAUCCUGCUAGUCAACAGAAUACCUCACUGGUUAAUGAAGUAGCUAAACAGCAAGUUCUUGUACAAUAUCUAAAGGAUUCUACAACAUUUGCUAAUCAGAUACAACAAGGUGUACCUAUUAUAUGUCAGUUACUAGGAUCUAAAACUACUAGUGAUGUAUUUGAAGCUAUAGAGUUUUUUGUGACAGGUUUUGAGUUUGGUGUAGCUGCUACUAUGAUGGGUAUACGUAGAAUGCUAGUAUUAAUAUGGUCUAGUGAACAGACUAUUAAAGAUGCUGUUGUUGGAGCAUAUAAACGAUUAUAUCUUAAUCCACAAGCAGGUGGUAAUCAGAGGACUGUUGCAUUAGCUAUAGUAAAGAACCUAACGGCUCUACUAUAUGGUGCUAGUCUUGGAGAUAUUACAUCAUUUGAAGCUUUGAUUCAGCAGUUCGUAAAUGGUGAUGAUAUUGGACAGAAUGUAGUACAGAUAUUAUGGGAGAAAUUUAUACCUAAAAUACCCAACACUUCUAUAGAAGAUAGUAGAGCAGCCUUAUUAUUGUUAUCUAUGAUUGGAGGAGCUAAACCCGAGAUUAUAAAGAGUAAUAUAGAUGUAUUAGUUAGUGAAGGAUUAGGUAAAAGAGCUGAAACAGAUUUAUUACUAGCACAGAUAACUUGUAGAACAUUACUUAAACUUGCUGCUAGUAAAAAGACAAAAGGAGAAGUAGCAGCAGAACCAUAUAAGUUUUCUGAAAACCAUGAAAUGUUUACAAGAUUGUCCUAUUUACUAGUUAAUGCCGUAACUAAUACUGAAACUAGAGUAUGGGUACCUUUUGGUGAACAGGCUAUAAAUGUUAUCUAUAAACUAAGUGAACAACCAGAUACCAUAUCAGGGGAAAUUAUCAAAAAAUUAGCCCAAGAAGUUGGUAAAGCAUGUCAAAUAGGACAGUCUCCAGGUGAAUCUCAUAUAGAAGGUUCACAGGAAAAGUCAGCAUCACUAUCUAAUGUAACAUUGACAAGAUUACUGUCCAUAAGCGGCCAUGUAGCUUUACGCCAAUUAGUACACCUUGAUAACUCUGUUUUUGGUGAAAUGAAGAGAAGAAGAGCUAUACAAGAAGAUAAAAAAGAAAAAGAACAAAAUAAAACUAAGCCUAGAUCAUCAAGUGUUGCCAGCACUAUGUCCAAAAUAAAGGAAGAAGACACAGGAGAAGGUAUAGAAGAUGAACUAGGUUUGGCUGGAGCAGCAGCAGAAGAUGCAGAAGCUGAAUAUAUUCGUAAAAUCUGUGAAACAGAUGUUGUUACUGGAGAGAAUUUACUGAGUGCUUUACAUCAGCUGAUUGUGGUUGUUUGUACAAAUUCUACUAAAUAUCCUGAUACAGAACUACGUACAGCAGCUACUCUAGCUCUAGCUAAAUUUACUAUGGUCAGUUCAGAAUUUUGUGAUGCCCAUCUUCAGCUGUUAUUUACUAUACUAGAGAAAUCACCCAAUCCAGCUAUUAGAGCUAAUACUAUUAUAGCUUUAGGUGAUCUUAGCUUUAGAUUUCCUAAUCUUAUAGAACCUUGGACACCACAUCUGUAUGGAAGACUGCGAGAUCAGUCACCACAAGUUAGAAAGAACACUCUACAAGUUUUAACACAUCUCAUCCUUAAUGACAUGGUAAAGGUUAAAGGUCAAAUCAGUGAAUUAGGAACAUGUAUUAUAGAUCAUGAUGAAAGAAUUGCAAAUCUUGCCAAACUGUUCUGGCUAGAAUUAUCUAAAAAGGGUAAUGCUGUUUAUAAUGUAAUGCCAGAUGUUAUCAGUAGACUAUCAGAUCCUGAUAUAGGUGUUGAUGAAGAUUGUUUUAGAACUAUAAUGAAAUAUUUGUUUGGGUUUGUACAGAAAGAUAAACAUUGUGAAAGUUUAGUUGAAAAAAUCUGUCACCGAUACAGAGCCACAAGAGUUGAUCGUCAGUGGCGAGAUCUGUCAUACUGUUUAUCUCUGUUAUCGUAUAAUGAGAAGAGUCUCAGAAAGUUACAAGAAAAUCUCCAGUGUUUUGCAGAUAAGUUGGUGGAUGAUGAAGUCUACAGUUGUUUCUGUUCAAUUAUCAAUAAAUCUCGUAGUUUUGUUAAACCAGAGGCAAAGAUGAUGAUUGAUGAAUUAGAAGAAAAAUUUGAAAAAUGUCAUAAAAAGGGUUUAGAAGAUGAAGAAAUAUCACAAAAAGCCAGUUCUGCUUCAGAUGCUGCCACAAAACAUAAAAAUAAACAUAGAACACCUGGUCGUGGUACAACAACACCUGGUCGACGUAGAGGUGGUAAAGAAAAUAAAGAUGAUAUAGAUAGCCCUAUAGAUGGUAGAAAAACUAGAACAAAGGGUAGAAAACCCAAACCUAAAGUAUCUUUUAGUUCGGACGAAGAGAGCGAUGUGGAAUUAUUUGAUGUUGAUAAUAAAGGAUCAGGAGAUGAAAAUAUUGAUGAAAUUUUUUCACCCAAACCCAGUUCAACUCGAAAAACACGAAAUGGUAGAACAUCACUAGGAACACGUAAUUCAUCUCGAUCUAUGGCUACAGAAUAACAUUAUAACUGUUAUCAUUAUAUAUAUAUAUUACAUGUUUCUCAUUACUUUAUUCAUGCAGUAAUUAGGUUCAUUAUAAUUGUAAAUUAAAUUAUAUUAAACACUAUUGACACCAGAAGCCACUUAAUUUGUUUGAGUGUUGGACCACAGCCCUUCAGAUGGCUUAAUAUUACUUAAUAAGUUAUAACAUUUUUUAAGUAAAAAAAAAAAAGUUGUGAUCCCAUAAUCCUCACAGGCUUUCUGGAGCUAGGGGUCAAUUUUCUAGCGAAAGACUUGAUAUAUGCUGAUUUAAUUUGUAAAUACUUAUUUAUAUGUUUUGAUAUUAUGAUGUUAACAAUAUAAAUUGCCAGCAGACUUUCCAAUAUAUACUUGUUCUAUUUGUACAUUAAACAUCUGAUUACUGUAAACUGGCCAUUAAAUUUCAAAGUAUAUGAAUUCAUGUAGAUCUGAUUUUUAUAAAAUGAACUGUUUAUAUUAACUAUUGUAAUAUAUUCAUUGUCAACUUUAU